AUGGAUGAACGCACGCCGUUGAUACAGUCAGCAGGCCGACCGGUGGAUGACCCUGAGAGGCUGCCAGAGGCCAAAGGAGAAACCAGGUCUGGUGUGGACAUGGUCUUCUUUGCGAUCGCUGUAUUAGGUGUAUUUCUGGCUAUCGGCGACGAAUACUUCGUCUUCACUACAAGUGGCCAUAUCGCGUCGGACUUCCAUCGUCUUUCCCUUGGGCCUUGGCUCAUUACGGCAUACAAUCUAGGAUACUCUGUUACACUUCCUAUGUAUGGACGAGUUUGUGAAAUCUACGGUUACAAAAGGACUCUGCUGGUAGCAUACCUUGUCUUCACCAUUGGGUGCAUAAUCAGUGGCUUUGCGCCUUACCUCGGGAUUGUGAUAGCUGGUCGAUUCGUUGCUGGUGCGGGUGGUGCGGGCAUGACUGAUUUGAUCAGCGUGAUUAUUACAGAAAUGGCCCCGUUGAGAGAAGUCGCCGUCCUUCGAUGCUAUUUACAGAUGUCCGGAACUUUUGGUGUCACCAUCGGAUCCCCACUCGGUGGACUUCUGACCGAUCUACUAGGAUGGAGAUGGUCCUUCCUAGUCAAAGUUCCUCUGGGAAUCUUCUGCUUUACCAUGGCCGCAUGGCGAUUGCCCUCCGCUACGAACAAUGGAUAUUCGAACACUAAGGAGGAAGGGGAACUGGAUGAAUCGAAACCAGACCUGAACUUGCCAGGCAUUUGUCUGUUAGGGACGGUUAUCGCGGCGAUCAUGGGAGUGUGUCAGCUCGUGUCGGAAGAGUUACCUCAGAAGAACAUACUCAUGACAAUAUCAGUCGGUACCGUUGUCAUUGGAGGUGUCUUAUUCUGCUUGAACGAACGUUAUUGGACCAAAACUGCUCUGGUCCCCCUGUGUCUUUUGAAAACGAAUGGUAUCGGCCUAGCCUACAUCGCACAACUCCUGGCAAUGUUCACUUUUUGCGGGUUCUCGAGUAACUUUGCCGACUUUUGGGUCCGGACCAAAAAUACUUCUGCUAGCCUGGCGGCCUUGUCGAUUCUUCCCCUGGCUGCGGCUAGUACUUUGAGUGGUCUUGUUGUCGGCAAUAUUGUGCGCCGAACUGGGAAAUACAAAUCUCUUUCGAUCAAAUGUUGCUUGGCGAUGAUAUUGGGCAACGUUCUUCUGACCGUUCGACUACCUCAAGGCCCUUAUUACUGGGAGCUCCUCUUCACUAUUAUUAUAGGUAUUGGUAUGGGAGGGUUCUUCGCUGUGACAUUCGUCGGACUAUCAGCCUCGAUUCCCGAUCAGAUGUCUGCUACUGCAAUGACGGUGUACUACUUGGCGCAACAGCUGGGAAUGAUGAUGGGUAUUAGCGCAGCAUCUGUGACCUGUCGGAUGGUAUUCAGAGCAUAUCUUGAGCAGAAACUUGCCGACUUUGCGGAUUCGAUUCAGAUCAUUCACCAUGUACUCAAUGACAGUCGUUUCGGAUUUUCUUUGCCAGAACCGUUACAGACCUUGGUCAAGAACUGUUUUUUCCAAGCCUUCCGAGUUGUCCCAGUCAUGACUUCGGUUAGCAUGGCACUAGCAUUGCCAAUUCUGUGCUACUUGCCCGAGCGCUCUUUGGAUUGA